AUGGCUAAAAAUUGCGCAUCUGGGAUUUUAGCUGGUCUAGCAUAUGUUACUUUCGGAAUUGAUCAUGCUUAUGCGGACGGGCCGUUCAAUUUUCCCCCAUUCUCCAGUGCUUCUUUGGCGGCUUCGCAGCAGGCUACUCCGGAGCCGGCGAAGGCUCCAACUCAGCCGGCAGUGGCCGAGCCACCUCGAGUUCGUAAUGAUAAUCCAAGGACGACGUCUGCUGGGUUCGACCCUGAGGCUUUGGAGAGGGGUGUCAAGGCAUUGAAGGAGAUUACUAGUUCUUCAAAUGCCAAGAAGGUGUUUGAAGUGAUGAAGAAGCAAGAAGAAACUAAACAGCAAGAGUUAACAUCUAAAGUGGUGGAAUUCAAAGCAAUGCAGACUCAGGCUGAAGCUGAGAGGCAAAGGGUAGUCUAUGACGAACAGAAAAAGCUAGCUCAGCAACAAGCACAGAUAAAAUCACAGAUGGCUAAGUAUGAGGAUGAGUUGGCAAGAAAAAGAAUGCAGGCUGAGAAUGAGCAUCAAAGAGCGAGAAAUCAGGAACUUGUGAAAAUGCAAGAGGAGUCGUCUAUGAGGCAAGAGGUAGCCAGGCGAGCCACAGAAGAGCAAAUUCAAGCACAACGUCUGCAGACUGAAAGGGAGAAGGCCGAGAUAGAACGUGAGACUAUAAAAGUUAGGGCUAUGGCGGAGGCCGAGGGUAGGGCCCAUGAAUCAAAGCUUGCAGAGGAUGUCAACAGGAGAAUGCUCAUUGAACGUGCAAAUGCGGAGCGUGAGAAGUGGGUUGCGGCUAUCAACACAACUUUCGAUCAAAUUGGAGGAGGUUUGCGAGCUAUUUUAACGGAUCAAAAUAAAUUGGUUGUAGCUGUUGGUGGAGUAACAGCUUUAGCAGCAGGGGUCUACACUACAAGAGAAGGUGCCAGGGUGAUUUGGAGUUAUGUGGACCGAAUAUUAGGACAACCAUCUCUGAUCCGAGAAUCUUCUCGAGGGAAGUACCCGUGGUCUGGGCUAUUCUCCCGUGGCUUGAGCACAUUUUCCCUGCGUGGGGCCAAUAGAAGUUCAGGCUCUCAGAACGGAAACAGUUUUGGUGAUGUCAUUUUACACCCUUCUCUCCAGAAGCGGAUUGAGCAGCUGGCGAGUGCAACAGCAAAUACAAAAGCCCAUCAGGCACCAUUCAGAAACAUGCUCUUUUAUGGGCCACCAGGAACAGGGAAAACCAUGGCUGCAAGGGAGCUUGCCCGUAAAUCUGGUCUUGAUUAUGCACUGAUGACUGGAGGUGAUGUUGCGCCACUGGGUUCUCAGGCUGUCACGAAGAUCCACCAGCUGUUUGAUUGGGCCAAGAAGUCCAACAGGGGUUUGUUGCUCUUCAUUGAUGAAGCAGAUGCAUUCUUGUGCGAGCGGAAUAAAACCUAUAUGAGUGAAGCCCAAAGGAGUGCACUAAACGCACUCUUAUUCCGUACGGGUGACCAGUCGAAAGACAUAGUCCUCGCCCUAGCUACCAACCGGCCUGGUGAUCUUGAUUCGGCCGUGGCUGACCGUAUAGACGAGGUCUUAGAAUUCCCUUUGCCUGGUGAGGAAGAACGCUUGAAGCUACUCAAACUGUAUCUGGACAAGUACAUUGCGCAAGCCGGGGCAAGAAAACCGGGCUUGUUUGCCCAUCUCUUCAAGAAACAGCAGAAGAAGAUAGAGAUCAAGGGACUGAAUGAUGAUGUCAUCAAGGAAGCUGCUGCCAAGACUGAGGGGUUCUCCGGACGAGAGAUUGCGAAGCUGAUGGCAGGUGUUCAGGCAGCUGUUUAUGGCAGUCAAGAUUGCAUCUUGUAUGCUAAUUUGUUCCGUCAAGUGGUCGAUUAUAAGGUUGCCGAGCAUCAGCAGAGAAAGAAACUUGCUUUGGCCCAAGGAUAA